CCGCGUUGCGAAACACCGUAGCCUUUUCUAAUUAAAACUCCAUCUGAUUGUGCUAUAACCCUGAAUAGAUCGGGUUCAGCUACCGUUGCAUACGCACAUGAAUAGUACCCUGGUACGAUCGAUCAUACCCUCCGGCUAGCCGGGGCAUGGUGAGAAACAUAGGCGGACAUGGAGACACAGCAGAGAACGAAAGGGAUCUGGGGCCUGUUCAGGGCGCCCUCAAAACCAAGCACCAGAUUUACACCUACACACCCAUCUACACAGCCUGAAUCCGGCGCAGAGAAGGGUAUAUCUCUACUGAAGUCACCCGACAAUGCAGCGUCGUCAGAUUCCUCCGCCGGGGGCCCGAGACCCUGGACGCGGGGUAAGAUCCUGACAGUGUCGAUCUUAGCCUUCUUCGCGCUGGCGAUAAUCGUCAUUGCCAUCACGGUGCCCGUAGUCCUGGUGAAGAGGAACAAAUCGCACGAUGAUCCUAGCUAUCACAACGCAGCAAACCAACCGAUUCAAGUUCUCUCGGACUUUCCAGACCCUGGGUUACUCCAUGUGAACAGCACCUUUUAUACCUACGGCACCAAUGCAGUGAAAAACAACUCCGAAGUGCCACACGUACCCGUCGCGACGUCGAGGGACUUCAGCUCGUGGAAGCUGCUCAACGGGCACGAUGCGAUGCCUUCGUUGAGCAACUGGGAGACAAACAUCAACCACUAUGCCCCCGACGUGAUCCAACGCGACGACGGACGAUACGUCCUCUACUACAGCGGCGAACUGAAAGACUGGCUCUACCACCACUGCGUCGGCGUCGCCGUCACCAACGGCACGAACCCGCUGGGGCCCUACGUGCCACAGCGCAAACCGCUGGCCUGCCCGCGCGACCAAGGCGGCGCGAUCGACCCGUCACCGUUCCGCGACGCCGACGGCACGCUCUACGUCGUUUACAAGGCGGACGCCAACAGCAUCGGCCACGGUGGCGACUGCAACAACGGCAAGAAGCCCGUGCUACCCGUCCCCAUCCUCCUACAGGAGCUCGCGGCCGACGGCGUGACCCCCGUCGGCGACCCGGUCCAGAUCCUCCAGAACGACAAGAGCGACGGCCCACUGGUCGAGGCGCCGAACCUCCUGCGCACCGCCCAGGGCAUCUACUACCUGUUCUUCUCCUCGCACUGCUUCACCUCCCCGAAGUACGAUGUCAAGUACGCCUACGCCACGUCGCUGAAGGGGCCCUACACCCGCGCGGACCGGGCGCUCUUCAAGACAGGUGACUUCGGGCUCAAGUCGCCCGGGGGCGCGACCGUUUCGCGCGACGGCACGCGGAUUGUGUUUCAUGCGAACUGCGGCAAGUUGCGGUGUUUGCAUGCCGCCGCUAUUGCGAUUCAUGCCAAUUCGACUAUUACCCCUGCUUCACUCUAGUUCGGAAGGGCGGCCGGCGCCUUUUAUACAGAUCACCUGUGAUGUGUCACGAUUAACGGAUCAACGGCAUGGAACUGAGGGCUCUUAUGGAAGAGCCAGUGUGUAUAUGAGUUGUAGCCAUUGUCACUGUACACUCGAAAAUACGAAGCGACGUCUUGACGACCCUAUCAACGAUCUUAACUGUCUGUAUUAAAUAGCUUGUACGGCACUGUAUAAGGAUACUAAACCACAGACCCUCUCGAAUCAAUGACCUUCCACAGCAUUUCGGGAGAAAAGGAAUCAAUAAGCAGACU